UAUUAGUGGAAAUUGCUGAUCUGCCAAUCAAAAGUGAUUUUUUAAACUUUGUUCAAUUUAAUGGAGACUAUGGUCACACUUCAUAGUUAUUGUGAAGAGAGAUAGAAAAGUUAAAGCAAAAUCUUAUUAUUCGAUGAUCAAGAUGCCUACUUAUUUUGAAGGUGAUAUUGUCAUUGCGGGCAUUUCAGGCCGUCUGCCUGAAUCAUCAAACAUUGAAGAAUUUAAGGAAAAUUUAAUGAAAGGGACGGACAUGGUCACUGAGGACGAGCGACGUUGGAAACCGGGCCUUUACGGUUCACCUUCUAGAUUUGGCAAACUUAAAAAUCUUCACAGUUUCGACGCUCCUUUCUUCAAGAUAUCUCCUAAACAAGCGCAUGUAAUGGAUCCGCAACUUCGCAUUAUGUUAGAAGUGACACAUGAGGCAUUGAUUGACGCUGGUGUCAAUCCUUCCACCUUGAAAAAAUCGCGUACCGGGGUGUUCAUUGGUGUUUCCGCUUCCGAUGCGAAUGAUUUUUGGAAAACCAAGCCGGACGGAUAUGAAUGGCUCGGAAGUAGCAUAGCAAUGAUGGCAAACAGAAUCUCUUAUACCUUCGAUUUAAUUGGACCCAGCUUUUCGGUGGAUACACUUUGUUCUUCAUCUUUGACUGCUAUGCAUGAGGCAGUCGUGGCGAUACGCACUGGCGAUUGCGACGCAGCGAUCAUUGGCGGAUUGAAUAUUGUGCUUAAUCCGGUUCACUAUCUUCAUUAUCAUAAAAAAAAUAUGCUAUCCACAGAAGGUAAAUGUAAAUCAUUCGACAUCUCAGCUGACGGUUACGUGAAAGCCGAAGCAGUGGUCGCAAUAUACCUGCAGAAAAUGACAGACGCGCGCAGAGUAUAUGCUACAGUAAUAAACACAACGAUAAACACGGACGGCUACAAGCCCGAAGGUGUCAUGUAUCCGAAUGGUGACAUUCAGUACCUGAUGUUACAGAAAAUAUACAAUGAGGUGAAUAUUGAUCCCAAAGACAUAGUUUACGUGGAGGCGCAUGGUAGCGGUACCAGAGCGGGAGAUCCGGAGGAGCUCGGUGCCAUCGAUAAGUUGUUUUGCAAAGACAGAAAGACACCGCUGUUAAUCGGCUCGGUUAAAUCAAAUAUGGGACACGCAGAACCUACCAGUGGACUGUGCGCGAUCGCCAAGGUGCUGAUUGCGAUGGAAACAGGUGUGAUUCCGGCGAAUCUGCACUUUGUUACUCCAAAUCCAAAGAUUCCCGCGUUGACCAAGGGACGUAUUCGCGUACUUGACAAAGCUACGCCAUGGAACGGCGGUUUUGUGGGUAUCAAUUCAUUUGGCGCCGGUGGUACGAAUGCGCACGUCAUUCUGCGCAGCAAUUCCAAGGUAAAAAUGUCAUUAGAUACCGUCGAGCAGCAAUUGCCGAAGCUGGUCGCCGUAUCGGGCCGUACAAAAGAAGCUGUACAAGUAUUAUUGAACAAGGCAAACGAGCAUCGACAAGACAAUGAGUUUUUAUCUCUACUGUACUCCGUGCACAGUGAUAACAUACCGAAUCAUAACAUUCGUGGCUACGAAAUACUCGCUUAUGAUAGUACGCGCGAGAUUGUCGAGGCGAAUUAUGACGAGAAACGUCCCGUUUGGUUUUUAUUUUCCGGUAUGAAUACUCAAUGGCCGGGUAUGGAACGCGAAUUGCUUGACAUCGAAACGUGCCAGCGUAGUCUACAACGAUGCGCCGAUAUAUUAAAGGAGCACGAUGUUGAUCUAAUGAAUAUCAUCAUUAACGGUACUGAUGAAACAUACGAAAACGUAAUGGUUGCUACCGUGUCAAUCGUGGCCAUUCAAAUCGCUCUCGUCGAUAUGUUAAUAUUUAUGGGUGUGCAACCAGACGGUAUAAUUGGACAUUCCCUUGGAGAAAUAAGUUGCUCGUAUGCCGAUGGUGCGUUUACCCUAGAGCAAACAAUUUUGGCAGCCUAUUACAGAGGCAAAUCGAUUAUAGAAUCCAAUUUGGAAGCAGGCGCUAUGGCGGUGGCAAAUUUGAAUUGGGAGGAAGUCAAGAAGAUGUGUUUAAACGAUAUCGUUCCAGCCUGUCAUAAUUCCGAGGAUUUGGUUACCAUUUCUGGUCCAUCCGUAUCUGUGAAAAAGUUCGUAGAGGAACUGAAGAGCAAAGAUGUCUUUGCCAAAAUGAUCAAAUGCUGUGGCGUUGCUUAUCACAGCAAAUACAUUGCUCCAGCUACAUCCAAAGUUCGCGCUUCCCUCGAUAUGAUUGUGCCGAAGCCAAAGAAAAGAUCUACCAGAUGGAUUUCUAGUUCGAUACCCGAGGCCGCAUGGGAUAGUCUACUCGCACAAUUUUGUUCAUCGGAGUAUCACGUGAACAAUAUGCUGUCACCUGUGCUUUUUCAGGAGGCGAUUACGCAUAUUCCGAAAAAUGCGAUAACCAUCGAAAUCGCGCCACAUUGCUUGCUACAGACGAUCCUGCGUAAAUCCCUACCAUCCACGGUGACUAAUAUCGGUCUCCAAAAGCAGAAUCAUUCAAAUAAUUUGAUCUUUUUACUAUCUAAUGUAGGAAAGAUGUACACAGCCGGCGCGCAGCCCGACAUCUCUAAACUGUAUCCGUCAGUUAGUUUUCCUGUCAGUCGCGGAACACCGAUGAUUGGAUCAUUGAUCAAAUGGGACCAUUCUGCUACAUGGACGGUGCCCGAUUUGAAGCAUCAGAUGAAAGAAUCGUCUGGAGCGCUUGUUGUAGAGAUAAAUUUAUCGAGUGAAACAGACGCAUAUUUAAUGGGACACCAAAUCGACGGGCGAUUUGUUUUCCCAGGCGCCGGCUUCAUAUUCAUGGUCUGGCAAAUCUUUGCGAAACUACGCGAUACCGAUUUCGACCGACUAUCAGUAAUCUUUGAGAACGUAUGGCUUCAGCGCAUUACCUUCUUACCGGAGAAUAAAACAAUCAAAUUUUUCAUAAAACUUUUCGAAGGAAAGGGAGAUUUUGAAGUCCUCGAAGCUAAUAGCAUUGUAGCCAGCGGGAACAUCCGCGCCGCUGAAGCUAUCGAGAUAAAUCAGUUGAACUUACCACCGCUCCCGAUACCGUCUACCGAGCUUUUAUUGAAUACGGAGGAUAUUUAUAAGGAAUUGAGAUUACGUGGAUACGAAUACAAUGGUAUUUUCAAAGGAAUAAAAUGCUGUGACAUUUCUUCCACCGUUGGCGAGUUACAUUGGUUUAAUGAAUGGUCUUCGUAUAUUGAUAACAUGUUUCAAUUUAAAAUGUUGUCAAACGACCGGAAAUUAGUUUAUGGCUCGAAGUGUCGAUACGCCAUGAUCAAUCCCGUUCUUCAUAAACGAAUGAUCAAUGAGUUACCGAAAAACGGCGGAUUGCCGAUAUAUCACUAUAAAAAUGCCAAUAUAGUUAGAUCAGGCGGUAUUGAAUUAAGAGAUAUGAAAUAUACCGCACCUCAGCGACAGCAGAAGACUAAACCUAAAUAUGAACGUUACGUUUUCGUAUCUUAUGAAAAUUCGCGCAGCUUGGUCUUGAAAGAUCCAAAGAGACAAAAGAUUCACAUACUUACUGUACUAUUACAAAUUGUAUGUGAAAAUGUAACGACAUCGAGAAUCAAGGCCAUGGAAGUUGCGGAUAAUCGAGCCGCGGAAGAGUUUUUGGUGCCGCUUGUACACGAUAUUCUUUCUUGCGAUCCCUUCAUGACUGUUGAUUUACAAGUAGCCGUCAGUUCUGCGUGCGAUUAUAGGACAAGUUUCGAUCAAAGGGGCAUUAAUAUUAAUAUAAUUAAAUGGGAUGCAAAUGAUACAUUCCCAGCUCAGAAUAUGCAUCUCAUCAUAGCAGCGGAAGUUCUCUCUGGCCGUACUCUCAUCAAUUUCAAAAAUCUAGCGGCUACCUUAAAUUCUAAUUGCUUUAUUCUUCUAGAGGAGACUGGUAUAUUCGACUUAAAGAUUGCACUAGAAGAGGCGAAUCUGAUGUUAAUUAGUAAGCAAAUCGACUCCACGGGAAAGAAUUAUUUCUUAUUGAAAAAACGAAAAGAAGUGAGAAAAGAACCGAUCUUAAUACAGAUUACAGGAAACGAUUUUUCAUGGUUAGCAAAUGCGAAAGCGGCAUUGAGAAAUUGCGACAGUGAAAAACAAGAUGUUCUUUUUGUAUCUCAAAGCGAAGAAUUACUUGGUAUAGUCGGAUUCAUAAACUGCAUGCGACGCGAGAUGGUAAACGUGCGUUACGUUUUCAUCCAGGACAAUAAUGCUCCCAAAUUUGAUUUAUUCUCGCAGUUCUAUGCGGAGCAAUUAGAGAAAGAAUUAAUGGCUAACGUAUUGAAAAGUGGUCAAUGGGGUAGUUAUCGGCACUUGCAAUUAGAUAAAAAUAACUACACGGAAGUAGAGCACGCUUAUGUGGAUAUAUUGACGACAGGAAAUUUAAAUAGUUUAGCAUGGAUUCAAAGUCCGUUAACGUAUUGUCAGAGCAAAUAUCUAAAUUCACUUUGUAAUGUGCACUAUGCGUCAUUAAAUUUCAGGGAUAUUCUGCUGGCGACUGGUAAACUAUCAACGGAUGUUCUCUCAUCGUUAGGACUUGUUACAGAAGACUAUGUAUUGGGAUUUGAAUUCUCCGGGACAGACGCAGAUGGCUGUAGAGUAAUGGGUUUAUUAGACAAAUCUAGAGGUUUGGCGACCACCGUGUUGCCGGAUUCCGGUUUUCUUUGGAAGGUACCUGACAAAUGGACACUGGAGCAAGCGGCGACAAUACCGGUCGCUUAUGCGACCAGUUACUAUGCUCUGUUUGUACGAGGUCGAUUGAGAACGGGCGAAAACGUGCUGAUUCAUUCUGGUGCGGGUGCCGUCGGUCUAGCGGCAAUCAACAUUGCCUUGCACGCAGGCUGCACCGUCUUCACUACUGUCAGCACAGAGAAAAAACGAUUGUAUCUCAAGAAGACCUUUUCGCAAUUGACCGACAAGCACAUUGGCAAUUCCCGAGAUACGAGUUUUGAACAGCUGAUCUUGGACGAAACCCGAGGACGUGGGGUCGAUGUAGUAUUGAAUUCACUGUCAGAAGAGAAACUACAUGCCAGUGUACAGUGCCUCGCGAAGAACGGUCGCUUCCUCGAUAUUGGGAAGCACGACAUGUUGAAUGGCAAUCGCAUAGAUAUGUCUCUGUUUUUAAAGAAUACUUCUUAUCAUGGUAUACUUUUAGAAUUGUUAUUAGAAAAUAUCGAGGAUAAGCGAAAAACGGUUAGACUAAUCUCGGAGGGAAUUGUGAAUGGUGCAGUACGUCCAUUACCGACGACCGUAUUUUCGAAGCAAAGCCUCGAGGAAGGAUUUAGAUUUAUGGCAGGCAAUCAUAUCGGUAAGGUAUUGCUGAAGAUUCGCGACGAAGAACCUCAGAAACAUAUGCUGCCAAUGCUAAGAACAGUAGCGGCCAUACCACGUACUUAUAUGUAUCCAGACAAGUCGUAUGUGUUGAUCGGUGGUCUCGGUGGAUUUGGUUUGGAAUUGGCCAAUUGGAUGAUCACCCGCGGCGCUAGAUUCAUCGUUCUCGUGUCACGUACUGGAAUACGCACUGGUUAUCAGACGUCCCGCGUUCAACAUUGGCGCAAUAAUGGCAUCAAAGUCAUCAUCUCUGCUGCAGAUAUCACGACGUUAUCGGGCGCCGAAUGUUUAAUCGACGAGAGUAAUCGGUUGGCUCCAGUUGGCGGUAUAUUUAAUCUGGCCGUCGUUCUACGUGACGCUUUGUUCGAGAACUUACAAGUGGCCGACUUCGAGACUGUAACCUUGCCAAAAAUCAAUGGUACGAAGAAUCUGGACGUGAUAUCGAGAAAGUCUUGUCCAUCAUUGGAUUAUUUUGUCGUGUUCUCGUCCAUAUCGUGUGGCCGCGGCAAUGCCAGUCAAUCCAAUUAUGGUCUCGCAAAUUCAGCUAUGGAAAGAAUAAUAGAGCAAAGACAUACUGCUGGUUUGCCCGGUCUCGCUAUUCAAUGGGGUGUUAUAGGAGAUGUCGGUUUGUUUGUUGAUACAAUGAAGAAUACAAUUUUUGAUGUAAGAUAUGUUUUACCGCAACGUAUGACCAGCUGUCUUGAGACCUUAGAUAUUUUUCUUCAACAACCAUAUCCAGUAUUAUCGUCUACAGUGAUAGCCGAGAAACACAAAUUUGCAAAUAACGACGACAAAGUUGAUAUCAUCCAAAUCGUUGCUAAUAUCCUUGGUAUUGAAAACAUCUCGGCAAAUAUCAAUGACAGCUUCGACAAUCUCGGCAUCGAUUCGCUAAGCUAUACGGAGAUAAAACAGAUUCUUGAAAGAGAAUAUGGUAUCUUAUUAUCGUUCCGAGAGAUGUAUGUCUUAACUUUAAGUAAAUUAUUAGACUUAUUAGCGAAAAACAAUGUGUCUCACGAUUCUUCAACAAGUUAAAGAAGUACAAAGAUGAUCGCAAAUCUACAGAAAGAGAAAUAUAUUCUUUAA